AUGGUAAUUGAGAUUAAAGUAGUUGUGAUUGAAAGGGAUGAAAGAAGAAACCAGUGUGGUGAGUUGAUUGCGAGAGAAGCUGUGGGUUAUGAUGAAGCAAUCUGGAGUGUGGAACCCGGUCUCAAGGGCGCAGCAUGUGAGGGGCGGGGGUCGCCCGACCCUCCGAACUUUUCGGUUAGUAGUGUUACAAAGAAUGAAAAUGAAGAACAAGUAGAGGGAAAUCAGGGAAUUGUUGAUGGAAACAAUGAGAACAAACGUCAAAAAGCUUCAACAAGUGAACCGGUUAGUGAAGUGAAUAAUGAGCCGAAUCAAAACAUUCCACCGGUUAAUGAAGCGAAUAAUGAGGCGAAUAAUGAAGCGAAUAAUGAGGCGGAUAAUGAGGCGAAUCAAAACAUUCCUCAAAAUCCGACUAACAUCAAUGAAGUGGAUGUUAGUAGUCUAGAAAGAGAUCCCGCUAAGCGACUUCCAAUGUGGAAAUAUCCGGUUAAUAUACGGGAACAACUAGAUGAGUAUAAGCCUAGGGGUCCAAAGAACAAUCUUCGUAGAUUUAAAUAUGCUUGGUUUGAUAUGUUCCCUAAUUGGUUAGAGUAUUCUCCAACAAAACACAAGGCUUAUUGUUUCCUUUGUUAUUUAUGUAAUGAUAAACCGAAUGAGAGCCACGAUCAUAGUGCGUUUACUAGAGAAGGCUUUGACAAUUGGAAAAAGGUUAAUGAUAGGGAUAAAUGCCCAUUGUUGAAGCACAUUCAAUCUUCAAAUCAUAAAAAAGCUUUUCUAUUGUAUACGAACUUGUUGAAUCAAGAAGCACACCUUGACAAUUUCAUAGUAAGGAAAAGUGAAGGGAAAAUUAGGAACAACCGGUUAAGAUUAAAAACCACAAUUGAUGUAGUUCGUUGGUUGACUUACCAAGCUUGUGCCUUACGAGGACAUGAUGAAUCUUCCACAUCUAAGAAUCAAGGUAACUUUCGUGAAUUGCUAAAACUUUUAGCCCAUUAUAAUGGUGAUGUUGCAAAGGUUCUUUUCCAAAAUGCUCCAUAUAAUUGCAAGUAUACGUCUUCUGAUAUUCAACAAGAAAUUCUUAGCAUUAUGGUUAAUAAAGUUCGUAAGCAUAUACGAAACGAAGUGGGGGAUUCAUGGUUUUGUGUCAUGGUUGACGAGUCACGGGAUGAGUCGAAAAAAGAGCAAAUGGCGAUAGUUUUAAGAUUUGUUGAUGCUGAAGGAGUGAUACGGGAAAGGUUCUUGGAUUUAGUUCAUGUUACGGAUACUUUAUCAACGACCUUAAAAGUAAAUUUGUGGAAUACACUGUUGCAUUACGGUUUUGAUGUUAGUAAAAUUCGGGGUCAAGGCUAUGAUGGUGCUAGCAAUAUGAGAGGAGAAUGGAAUGGAUUGCAAGCACUUGUCCGGGAAUAUAGUCCUUAUGCGUAUUAUGUUCACUGCUUUGCUCACAUGUUACAACUUGCCUUGGUUUGUGUCUCAAGAGAUGUGACUCCAGUACACCAAUUCUUCUCAAACCUAGUUUUUAUAAUUAAUGUGGUUUGUGCUUCUAGUAAGCGCCAUGAUGAGUUACAAAUGGCGAAGGUGGAUGAGAUUAAAAAGUUACUAGAUUUGGGUGAAAUCAAAUCGGGAAAAGGACAAAAUCAGGAUCCAUACUUACAAGUUUGGCAUCCAUCAUUUUUAGUAAUCACCGGAUUAAGUUCUCAACGUGGAGAUGCUAAUAUAGCUUACGGUUACUUGCAAUCAUUUGAGUUUGUGCUUGUUCUUCACUUGACGAAAGACGUAUUGGCAAAAACUGAUACGCUUUGUCAAGCAUUACAAAAGAAAUCCCAAGACAUCCUUAAUGCAAUGGAGUUAGUUUCUGCAACAAAGGCUAGUCUAACUAAUUUUAGAAACAGGGGAUGGGAUUCUUUAUUUGAAAAGGUUCGUUUUUUUUGUGAAAGGCAUGACAUAGAUAUGCAUGAUAUGAGUGCUCCAUAUACUUCUACUCGGUAUCGGCCUCGUAAAAAAGAUCUUUAUGUUACAUUCGAACAUUAUUAUCGGGUAGAUUUGUUUACAGAGACAUUGGACAAACAACUACAUGAGCUGGAUAGUAGAUUCAAUGAGCAAGCGAUAGAGUUGUUAUCUCUUAGUGCGACUUUAUGUUCAAAAAAGAUUAAUAUUAAUCAGAUUGUUCUUCUUGUUGAGAAAUAUUAUCCUAAAGAUUUUACAGAGCAAGAGAGGGAGCAGUUACGUGGUCAGUUGGAUAAUUUUCAAGUUGAAAGGAUAAAUAAUCUAAGCUAA